AUGGCCACGGGUGGUCGUGGCGGCGGCCUCUUCAGCGGCGUCGCCGGACUAGCUCCACGCACGGGGAAGGCAUCUCCAUGGGUUCCCCAAGUUGAUGCUAUGAGGGUAGGACUCCAAAGUCUGACAAGCACUUCGGCUUCAACCGGAGUCACGUACAGCAAUAGGUGCUCCAAUGCAUAUUCGACUUGUUGUGCUACAAAGCCAGAAGCGCUACCAGUGGAAACAACCUCAACGGAUAUGCCUGUUGAUUCCUUCAGGAGGCCUACUGCAUCCGAAUUUAUUGUUCCGUAUUGGAAAUUCCUGAAGAGCUUGAAUCGUCCAUUUUGUAUUGGAAUGAGAUUUAAGAUUCAGUACAGGAGUCAAGAUGUUAAUGAGAGGCGAUCUAGAAUGAUUACAGGUAUUAAUGAAGUAGACCCUAUUAGGUGGACUGGUUCAAAAUGGAAAAGCCUGCUGGUAAGAUGGGAGGAUGGCACAGACUGUAACAGCCAAAAUAGACCAUCUCCAUGGGAGAUCGAGAUAGUUGGUGGCUCAGUCUCCAUUUCCCAGUUUCUGUCAAAAUCCAGUUCUAAAGGAACUAAACUGUGCCCUCGGGGCAAUUUAGACGUCUCAAAGUAAAGCAACUCGAGUUGCGGUGGUGGUCGGCAACUCCAUCACCGUCUUCCUUGGCAGGAGCAUCCCCCG